AUGCAGUUGCGUACCCAUUUCUGGGUGUAUGUCACGCCGCGCGGCCUCCAGCGUCUGCGCAGCUUCUCUGCCGGCCUCGCCUACGCGCACAGCCAGGCGUACGCGAAGGUCUGUGGCCCGGAGUGGAUCCGUACGCUCCGAGGCCGGCUCCUCAACCGCCGCGUGGCGCUGGUGGUGUGCGGGGAGGCCCAUGAGGAUGUGGUGGACCUCACGCGCAAGUCUUGCAUCAUCGAGCCGGAGAAGGGCUGGCGCAAGUUGGCAGAUGCCGGCACCCUGGGGCCUUCACUGGCGACAAAGGACUGCCGCUCCCUGAAGGGGGCCAAGGCCUGGGCUUCUCGGGCGGUGGACGAGGCGGAGGACAGCGAGGAGGAGGACCUCAUCGGCGCGAAGAUGAUCUACCAGGCCGAGGAGGAUGCCGAGUCGGCCGGGACGGCGCGCGUCUUCCGGCCCAGUCAGCCUUGGCACCGGCACAGCCCGCACCUGAGGCCGCACCGGAGCCCGCGCUUGAGCCCACAGCCCAGCCCGCUUGCUGACUCUUCGAAACUUCAUGUCUUUGAGUGGUCUGACUUGGACACGGAGGCCGACGAGCUCAACAAGCGGAGGUUGAACGGAGAGGAGGUGCCGGCCAAAGAGCUCGCCGGCUGGCAGGAUUUCAGAGGCUCUUCGAUGACUGGCUGUUGCGACAAGCCAGCAGCCUGA